AUGUCUUCGAAAUAUGCCGUAGCCCAUCUAUGUUCUCAAGGGCCCGGCGAUGCGCGCCCUACUGCGCUUGAAAUCAUCAAUGACGAAAAUCUAGUGGGACAGCUCACUGAUAAGGUCAUCCUUAUUACGGGCUGUUCUUCGGGCCUUGGGGUUGAGACUGCCCGCGCAUUUUCUGCUACUGGCGCCACGCUCUAUCUAACAGCGCGCGAUCUCAAUAAAGCGCAGUCCGCCUUAGGUGACCUAGUCAACAAAGGAAAUGUUCAUCUAUUACAGCUAGAUCUAAACUCAUUAUCUAGCGUCCGCAACUGUGCUACCAACUUUCUUUCUAAAUCGUCAACCCUGAACAUUCUUGUUUGUAACGCGGGUGUUAUGGUUCCGCCCGAGGGUCGCACAGUGGAUGGCUUCGAGACUCAGUUUGGCAUAAAUCAUUUGGCCCAUUUUCUUCUCUUGCAGCUUCUGAAGAAUAGUCUUCUCUCAUCAGCCACGACUACAAUGCCGUCGCGUGUCAUCAUGGUAUCCUCUAGCGGCCACCGCAUGAGCGAAGUUCAAUUCGACGACUUCAACUUCGCCUCUGGCUAUGAUGCGUGGAAUGCCUAUGGACAGAGCAAAACAGCUAUGAUUUGGACUGCGAACGAGAUUGAAAGACGAUAUGGAUCUUUGGGGCUGCAUGCUUAUAGCAUCAAUCCAGGGAUGAUUUCCAGCGGACUUCAAAAGCAUGUUACUGUUGACAUGAUGAAUGAAUGGUCGAAUGUUCCCGGGUUGCAGGAAGCGUUUAAGUCACCGGGACAAGGUUCUGCUACGACUGUUUGGGCCGGAGUGGCUCAGGCCCUCAAAGAACAAGGGGGGGCAAUAUCUCGAGGACUGUCAGGUUGUUGGUCCGUUGGCAGCCGAUGCUGGGCCACUGGAUCGAGGAUACGCUCCCUGGAUAUUAGAUAA